GAGAAAACCAAGUCUCUAAGAUCUGAGAGGCAGUGACUCUUCCAGAAGCUGUGAGGGGAAAAAAAAAGUCGCCAAACCUGACACCUGGGGACGGAACUACCGCUCCCACCGCGCCAGUGAGACAGGAGGACCGAAGAGGAAAGCUCGGAGAAGAAGUAAACAUUUCUGCUGGCAUUCGCGAGAGAGCUAGCCAGGGAAGCAACAGGUCCGUUCCAGGUGGCGAGAGCCAUGCAGUUCUCCAGCUCAUCCAGGGCAGCAGAUGAGAAUUUUGACUAUUUGUUCAAGAUUAUCCUCGUUGGGGAUUCCAAUGUAGGGAAGACGUGUGUGGUGCAGCAUUUCAAAUCUGGGGUCUACACGGAGACACAGCAGAACACGAUCGGGGUGGAUUUCACUGUGCGCUCCCUGGAGAUCGAUGGCAAGAAAGUGAAGAUGCAAGUGUGGGACACCGCAGGCCAGGAGCGAUUCCGGACCAUCACGCAAAGCUACUACCGCAGCGCCCACGCGGCCAUCAUUGCCUAUGACCUCACCCGACGCCCCACCUUCGAGUCUGUUCCUCACUGGAUCCGUGAGAUAGAAAAAUAUGGCGCAGCGAACUUGGUCAUUAUGCUGAUUGGGAACAAGUGUGACAUGUGGGACAAACGGCACGUCCUGUUCGAAGACGCAUGCACGCUGGCGGAGAAGCAUGGCCUCCUUGCUGUUCUGGAAACGUCUGCUAAGGAGUCGAAGAACAUAGAGGAGGUGUUCUUGCUGAUGGCCAGGGAGCUGAUCGCCCGCAACAGCCUGCACUUAUUUGGCGAGAGCACCCCGAACAACCUGGCCCUGGAUUCCAGGCCAGUUCUCAUGGUCCAGGGGCCCAAGGAGAAGACCCACUGCAUGUGCUGAAUAUGCCCUGGAGGCCGGAUGCACCCACCGGGCGCGUGGUGUCUGAAGCCAAUGGAAACCAAAGGAUCCCAUACUGUCUGCCAGAAGCAUCUUAGACCAAAGUACAGACUUGCCCCUGGUUCUUAACUCUUCCCCGAGGGAUGGAGAGCACCGUUGCCUCGAUUCACACCAGAGGCCUUGCUGCGGACUCUGAAAAAGAGGACGCCACUGUGUCUUGGACUCCGUCUAGGGGCUUAAGGCACAGGAAAGGAGGGCGGGGUCUGCUCUUUCAGCCUUCCAUUUUCUGUCUGCCCAACCCUUCAACCGUUUUCUACUGAAUUCUACUUCUUGCUCAAAGAGGGUAAGGAAGGAAGGAAGAAUAACCAAGCGAGGGAAGAGGAUGUUUAGAACAUUCCAGAGCAGUUUAGAGCAGCUCUGACAUGGAAGGAUGGGAAAAAAGCCCGUGGUGAGAAACCCGAAUGCUGCUGACAUUCACACCUCAGGUCUUUAGUUUGGAGGGCAAAACCUUUGACGUAAAGAUCAGUACUGUCUUGGCAAAUGGUCAAGAGCCCACGAUGGAGACAGAAUUGGAUCCCACUUUAUGCUAGUUAGACAGAUGUGACCACCCUCCUAGAAUGUGUGAAUGCCUACAAUUUCCUCUCUAAAAUACCAGAUUAUCUGCUGGAUAAAAACUCACUUCCGAAUUGAAAUUGAAUGGGUUCAUAGAUGAAUUUCAAGACCUUAUCGACCUCACUGUGUGGUCCCUGUGUUCACCAUGGACCCUUUAGCUAGCACCUGUGAGAGAUAAACAUUCUUUGGUCAAAUUCACCUGAGGCAAUCAUAAUAAUCUUGUUUCAUAGGAAGAGCCAGCCAUAGCAAUGGCUCUGAACAAGGAAGGGUCCUGGUGGCUCACCUUGUCCCUGCCCCCAGGCUGAGACCAACACAAAACAGCCACUGGCCACAUGUCACUAAGGAACACCUGACAUGUGGCUAAUUUGAAUUGGAGAUGAUCUCUACAUGUAAAAUACACACCAGAUUUUGAAGACUUAGUAUAAAGUGUGGAGUAUCUUAAUGAUUUUAUAUUGAUUAUAUUUAUAUUUUGAAAUAUUUUAGAUA